AUGUCGAGCAAUGUGACCUCGUCGAUGAAGGGGUUGACACAGUACAUUGCGGAUCUGCGUCAAGCCCGGGUACGUGAAAAUGAAGAGAAGCGCAUCAACUUCGAGAUGGCCAAAAUCCGGCAAAAGUUCAAGGACGGUAAUCUGGACGGAUAUGACAAGAAGAAAUAUCUGGCCAAGAUUAUUUUCACCUACAUCCUCGGCUACCCAGUCGAUGUGGGGCACAUGGAGGCGAUCAACCUCAUCGCGAGUCCAAAGUACUCAGAAAAGCAAAUCGGCUACCUAGCGAUCACACUGCUCAUGCAUGAGAAUUCAGACCUCGUACGGCUGGUGGUCAACUCGAUCCGCAAGGAUUUGGACGACAAGAACGAAAUCAACAACUGUCUUGCGCUCCAUGCCAUCGCGAACAUAGGAGGCAAGGAGAUGGCCGAGGCGCUGGUUGCGGAUGUGCACAGACUGCUUAUUUCGCCUACAUCUUGCAGCUUUGUCAAGAAGAAAGCGGCGUUGACGCUCUUGCGCCUGUACCGCAAGCACGUGGACAUCUUCCCAGCGGAGGAGUGGGCGUCGCGCAUCGUCUCGCUCAUGGACGAGGAGAAUCUGGGCGUUGCAUUGGCCGUUACGAGCCUGGUAGUGACUCUUGCACAAGAGCACACGGAUGCGUACAGCAUCGCAUACCAGAAGGCCGUGGACCGGUUAGCAAGGACCGUGCUUGAGGAGGAUUACUCGAACGAGUACGUCUACUACCGCGUUCCGGUACCGUGGCUUCAAAUCAAGUGCCUGCGGCUGCUGCAAUACUACCCACCGUCGGAUGAUCCGACCAUCCGGAAGACGAUCAACGAAGUUCUCGAGGCCAUCAUUGCCGCAUCUACAGAGUCGGCCAAGAACGUCCAACACAACAAUGCACAAAAAGCCGUGCUGUUCGAAGCCAUUAAUCUCGCCAUUCACAUCGACACAGAAUCCACGGUGGUCUCUCGAGCAGCGGUUCUGCUGGGUCGCUUCAUCCUCUCCCGAGAGACCAACAUCCGCUACCUUGGUCUCGACACCAUGGCGCAUCUCGCUGCCUGCGCGGAGUCGCUCGAGCCAAUCAAGAUGCAUCAGUCAACCAUCAUCCAAUCGCUCAAGGACCGGGACAUUAGCGUGCGGCGGAGAGGUCUGGACUUGCUGUACAGCAUGUGUGACGUCACGAACGCCAAAGUCAUCGUCACGGAGAUGCUGCGCUACCUUUCCGUCGCGGACUACGCAAUGCGGGAAGAGCUGGUGCUCAAGAUUGCUAUCCUGACGGAGAAGUUCGCGACAGAGUAUGCAUGGUAUAUCGACACGGUUCUACAGCUGAUCAGCUCGGCGGGCGAUCACGUUGGAGAAGAGGUCUGGUUCCGAGUGAUCCAGAUUGUCACGAACAAUGAGGAUGUGCAGGAGUACGCGGCCACCAAAUGUCUCGAGCACCUCAAGUCUCCGGCGUGCCACGAAAACAUGAUCAAGGUCGGGGGCUACAUUCUCGGCGAGUUCGGGCACCUUAUAGCGAACAAUGAAGGCGCAAGUCCGAUUGAGCAGUUCCAUGCUCUGCAUUCACGCUCGCACCUCUGCACACGGCCGACGCGCGCACUGCUGCUGUCGACGUACGUCAAGUGGCUCAACCUCUUCCCCGAGAUUCGAGAACAGGUCCUUUACGUCCUUAAAAGAUAUCGACACGUACUCGAUGCCGAGCUGCAGCAGCGAGCGUGCGAAUACGUUGCGCUGGCGGAACGGCCAGACGAUGAGCUGCUGCAGAUCGUCUGCGACGAGAUGCCACCUUUCUCGGAGAAGGCUUCUCUGCUUCUCAAUCGCCUGCACAGCAAGCAUGGAAACACUGAGGACAAGCGAACCUGGGUCAUCGGGGGCAAGGACUCCAACCGUGAUCGGCAGCAGGUGCGGCAGCAGAGUGCGGCACGCGGGGCAGCGAAUGGCGGAGCAAUGCCUGCGUACGAUCCAAAAGCUACGCUCAUCCAGUCCAAUGGGCAUUCAGAUGGAUGUGUCACUGCUGGCACAUACGAGAAUGGUACCCACGGAGGUGCCGACAGAGACGACAUUCUCGCAGGCUUGGAGGGACUGGAUAUGAGUAUUAAUGGCUCCGGUGAGGCGGCCUCGGCAGAGGCGGCUGAUGGAGCAGGUAGCGCUCAACAGCCUCUGAUCAACCACGAGUUUGAUGCGCCGUCACGGUCACCAACGAGUCCGAUUGCACUGCAACAGACAGGACUAACAGUGGGGAUCAACGGGGGACCUGACGCUCCCAAAAUUAAUUUUACUCCCGGAUUCGACCGCCAUUUCCGCCGGCUCUGCUUUGCGCACAACGGUGUUCUCUACGAAGAUUCACAGCUUCAAAUCGGUGUCAAGGCCGAGUAUCACGACAGCCUCGGCAGGCUCGCAGUCUACUUUGGCAACAAGAUCGCCGCGCCAUUUACCUCAUUCACCGUCACCGUCCGAUCGCAAGAGCCGGAAGCGUUGUCGGCCACGAUGCCCACAAUUCCAUCGAAUACUGUCGUUGGGAUGUCACAAAUCCAGCAGGUCGUCGAGCUAGAGUGCAUAGACUUCUUCAAGGACCCGCCUGUGAUGCGCGUCUCGUACCUAGCAGGCUCCUUGCAGGAGAUCACGCUGCGCUUACCGGUCGUGCUGACCAAGUUCAUCGAGCCGGUGCAGCUGGGCCAAGCCGAUUUCUUUGAGCGCUGGCGACAAAUUGGCGGCCCGCCGCGUGAAUCACAAAAGGUGUUCGGAUUCAAGCUCACAAGCAGUGGAGACGUUGAUAUCGACAGAAAUCGCAAAGUCGUCAGUGGAGCGCGCUUCAAGAUACUCGAAGGGAUCGAUCCAAAUCCAGUCAAUAUCGUCGCUGCGGGAGUGCUACACAUGGCCCAUGCUGGCAAGGUUGGCUGCCUGCUCCGCGUCGAGCCGAACAAAACUGCCAAGCUGUGCCGAAUCACUGUCCGAACCACGAAUGACGUUAUCUCCGAAGCGAUCAUGACUAGCCUCGUAAGGAACAUGGGAGACGAAAAGAGUGGAUGA